AUUAAACAAACUAUCAUACCUGUGUCCAUAGUUCGUAUCUAGUUAUUGAUUCCAAGUUUAGUUUAGAAAUUCUGUCAUAAGAGUUACUUAAAAUCAGGAUGAAGGUGCUAAUUUGUAGCAUGGAGAAAUGACCACCCCGACGAAGUUACAAAUUGAAAAUAGCAGGUACUCUGGAUGUUGUAUCCAGAAUUUUCACCAGAAAUGAGCAAGAGCGGUUUGGACGAGCUGGUGAUGGACAGAAGAGGGUAUCUCCCACCACUAAGAGCACCAUACGAUACUGAUUUCAACUAUAACAACAACAGAAGUGGUUUUCAGACAGUUGGGAACAAUCAAUAUCUUGCAACAAAUCCACCCGAUAGAAUAAAUAGAAAUUCAGGAGAGCGUCUGUCUUCGGAAUACGUUCAGACAAGCAAUGACAAAUUGUUUUUUGAGGAACUAUUGAGAAGACAGCAGAGAUGGGUUAUGGGAAUCAUGGAAAGUUCUUUCAGACGAAUAACAGAUGACAUUAUGAGAACCUCAAACGUUGUCAGGAGACACGAUUCAGUUAUCCACGACUUGAACUCAUCGUACACAAAACUGGAUAAAUAUUAUGGAGCUGUGGUCCAAGAUCUUACAACUCGAACCAACAAUUGCGACAAACGUAUCAAAGAAAUCAACGACGAUAUCAAACAAAACAAAGAUACUAUUGAAAAGUUGGUUCAACAAGCAAGCCAAGAUAAAAAGGAAAUAGAAGAUCACAUACUUAAAAAUAAUGCAGAGUACAUUUUAGAACUGAGUAAAGUAAGGGCUGAAAUAGAAGGAUUAAGAACGAGUUACAAAAAAGACAUCACGGUAUCAGAUGAACGACGAAGAAUUGAAAUGGAUGAUGCUAGGUCCAGAAUAUCGGCAUUGGAUUCGUACACAAAAAAUGCAUUGCAUACAUUGAAGAACGCUGUGCAAGAGGCGCUCGGGAGAACAGAAAACAAGAUAUCAGAUGGACUAAAGGAGGAGAGAAUGGUUUGGCGUCAAAAUAUGGAUUCUGUGCAGAAACACUCAAAGGAACAGAUGGAGAGACUAGACCAGAGCAUAAGUAUAAUCGAAGAGGAAGCUAAACGACUAAUCGAUGCUGUAGUGAAGAAGUUAGAAAGUGUCCAAGAUGUUGUAACUACGGAGAAGAGUACAAAUGAAGAAUUUAGGAAGGUUGUUAAAAAUUACAUGGACGCAAGCAAAGUCCAGUCUGAACGGCUCACAGUGGAAGUCAACUCGUUGAAGGAAGAGUCGGGUAAUAAAGUACAAGGACUAGAAACAAAUAUUGAAUCUCUUAGAUCUGUUGUUGAGGGUAGAUACAGUAUUGUGAUGGAACAAGUUAAGAAGGAAAAUGAAAGACUUGAUAAACAAAUACAGCAGCUGUCGAGACAAGUUCAGACAUUACAACAACAAGUUGUUGGAGGAGUAGGGACCUCUGGGAGCGGAUAAAUUGAUGUAUUUUAAUUUCGCUACUAAUAAACAAUAUAAAACUAAGUGUUUCAAGGAAACAUAACAUAUAAGAACAUAAUUACAACAAUUGUUCAGUAUUGGAUCCAUAUUUACUAUUGUUUGAUACUUUUCUUCUAUGUGUUCAUUUGGAGGUUAUUUUUUAUAUGAUGCUGUCUCGUUAACAUCUACUCUCUAUAUCUUCUUUUCUUAAUUACAAUUAAAGAUACUACGAGGGUCUGGACGGGGUCCUUCAUUACUUUAUUCUUUUAUGUUUAAUAUAAAAAUAAGGAGAUGCUUGCUAUCGAGACAACUAUCCACCAAAGUUCAAAUGAAGUAGAUGUAAGCAAUUUUAGGCAAUUUUAGGCAAUCGUACGGCCUUCAACAAUGAGAACCCAUACCGUAUAGUCGGCUAUGAAAUGCCCCGACAUAAAAAAUAUGAAACAAUUCAAUUGAGAAAACUUACAGCCUAAUUUAUAACAAAAUAAUUUAUGAAAAUUUACAUUUUAACUUGAUAGCAAUUAUAAUUGGUUAAAAUGGUAUAAAUUUCGGAAUUUUUGAGUUCUAAAUGCUCUUCAACUUCGUACUUAUUUUGGCCUUCUACUAGUAAUUUUUUGAAUCGAGCGUCACUGAUGAGUCUUUCGGUGACAAAAUGCGCGUCUGGCGUACAAAAUGAUAAGCCUGAUUGGUAUCUUUGCCAUGAUGAGUUUUUUUUAAUAGGCAUACCAGUCCUCACAAGAUAACUUAAGAAACAGUUCUUACUGCAAUUCAAGAACUUUUAGCAUAUGGUAGUGGGAGUCCCAGUAUGUAAGAGUACUGGUAUAUAAAUUCUAAAAUAGAACGGGUUUGUAAUAUUAAAGUUUAAAAAUGGACGGUUCAAAUUAGAGCAUUGGUUUAUUGUGCAAUGUUUUCAGACUUAUAGUUUUGCCUUUUCGGAAUGUUACAUUUUAAGUCUGUGUCUAUUUUGACAUCAAAAUCUAUCAUUUUACUAUUUUAUGUCGUAAAUAUGUAAAAAAGGAAUUGAUUUAUGGUGGACAGACAGGGUCAUGAUAAUUUAAAUAUUUGCUUAAAAGGGUAUUACAUCUUGCGCUCAAAUGGGUUUUACUAAAAUGUUAGAUUUUUUUCAUUCUCGCUAAAAAAAAUUCCUAGCAUUGAUUUUCAACAUUCUCUUUGUUUAUGUACUAUUCAUGUUUGUAUUAUAAUAUACUGCCAAAGUUAUU